ACUCAGAACGUGAACAAAAUGGACACAAUUGUACGGCAGUGGUUAUUUUCAUUCAUCCUUUCUCCAGAAUCCAGGCCCUACCGAUAGCUGUCGCUACCGGUAACAAGUGCAUUCGGCGAUGAUAGUUAAGGAUACGAAUGCCAGUAUCCAAUAUGAGUACAGUGUACUAUCAACAUCAAAUCCAAUCGAUGGGCAACAGUGUACGAACUCAACACAAGAGGACUACGAGUGUCGAGGGAUCUUGAUCAAGAGCAAUUCGUUGAUAUUCAAAUAUACUUGUUAUAAUUCUGACUUGCCAGCUAAUAUGUACGACGAAAAGGCAAGUAUCCAAAAAAAAAUGACUUAUUCCUACCCCAAACGAUAGCAAAACACUCUUAAGAUAAUAGACAAUAAACGAAAAUAUUCUAACAGCUUAUAAAAUGCAAUGAAGAACAAAACUAGCAGCAUCUUGCUGAUUAAUUAAUUAUUUGCAUUAAUCUUCGAUACCGACAAUUGGAUGGAGUUACCCUGAGCAAAGGCUAAUAGGUGAUUCGCUAUCCUCAGUUCGGUCAUCACGGCAAAUGCUAUGGUUAGUGGUGGUAUUUCAGAGAACUUCAUUAUACCAGGCGGCGAGGGAUUGCGUAACGAUAGAUGGAGUGACUGGAGUGCUCCUUCACCGUGUUCUCGACCGUGUGGUGGUGGCAUAGCGUACCAGGAACGAGAAUGUCUGAACACUGAUGAUAAUGGCACACCUGACUGCACGGGAGGAACGAAGAAGUACUUCUCUUGCAAUACUCAGCACUGUCCAGAACGAGAGCACGACUUCCGCAAACAGCAGUGCUCGGAGUUCAAUGACGUUCCGUUCGAGGGCCAUCGGUACCAGUGGAUACCGUACACAAGCGCACCAAAUCCUUGCGAGCUAAACUGCAUGCGCUUUGGCGAGCAAUUCUAUUAUCGCCACCGAUCGAAGGUGAUCGAUGGAACGCGUUGCAAUGACGGAUCGCUGGACGUGUGUGUCGAUGGAACCUGUCAACCGGUCGGAUGCGAUAUGAUGCUGGGAUCGCAAGCCAAGGAAGACAAAUGUCGCGUCUGUCGUGGCGAUGGUAGCUCCUGCAAGACCGUGAAUGGUCUCCUGGACCAGACUGACCUGAAGAAAGGCUACAACGACCUGUUGCUUAUUCCGAGCGGCGCUACGAACGUGGUGAUCAACGAAAGGGCACCAUCAAAGGCACAACUAUCUAGCAAUACGAAAGGGCACAACUAUCUAGCAAUACGCAAUCUGACCGGCUUCUAUCACCUGAACGGAAACAACCGGUUGGACUUCCCGCGAACCAUCCGUUUUGCCGGGUGCUAUUGGCACUAUGAGCGUCGUCUGGAGGGUUUCGCCGCUUCAGACAGACUGACUUGUCUCGGUCCGACGACGGAAUCGGUGUAUCUGGUCCUGUUGACGAAGGAUCGCAACGUUGGCGUGCAGUACGAGUACAGUGUGUCGUCAGCAGCGGCACCGGUCGAUGAACCGCACAGUUAUUCCUGGAUGUAUACCGAAUUUCAACCGUGUACCGUCACCUGUGGCGGUGGUGUACAGUCCCGUCAUGUUACUUGCAACAGUAAAAGCUCACUCCGGGAAGUAGAUGAAGCUCUGUGCAAUGCAAAUGAAAAGCCAGCCACGACACAGAAGUGUGGUCAACAAGCAUGUCCGCAUUGUCAUAGCGCCUGGAAUAGCAUCAGAGGGCUUCUGGAUGCUAAAACCCUUCAUAUUGGCUACAACAAUAUGCUGCUUAUUCCGAGCGGGGCUAUAAACGUGACGAUCAACGCAGCAGUACCAACUAGACACUAUUUAGCGGUUCGAAAUGAGACCGGCUACUUUCAUCUGAACGGGAAUCGGUUGAUUGAUUCUUCGCAGACAUUUCCUUUUGCCGGUUGCAAUUGGCAGUAUGAGAAAGGUCCGGAUCGUUUUGGUGCUCCGGACAGAUUGACGUGCCUGGGACCGACGAAGGACUCAGUAUACUUGGCGAUGAUAAUUAAGGAUACGAAUGCCAGUAUUCACUACGAGUAUAGUGUACUAUCCGCAUCGGAAUCAAUCGAUGAGAACUGCUCUCUUUCAGCGUCGUGCAUUGAGACCAAAUAUGGUUGCUGCCCUGAUGGGUUAUCUCCAGCGACAGGUCCCAAGGAUCAAGGAUGUCCGAAAGUGGAUUGCGUCGACACGCUGUUCGGUUGCUGUCCGGAUAAUGAAACGCCGGCCAAGGGUAACGAUCAUGAGGAAUGCCCGAUUGAAACGACCACGGUAGCUGGGUGUGUUAUCAGCCUGUUUGGAUGUUGUGAUGAUGGUUCUACCGAAGGCAAGAAUCCAAAAUCCGUGGGUUGUCCAGGAGUUGUUGAUGAAGAGCAACCAUCGACUACGGAUGUCAGUACUACGGAGGCGGUGGAAGGAUCAUCUACCGAUGUAAGUAGCGCCGAGAACACAACGGACACGACAGCGCUCGUGGGAUCUGAUGUCACGGAGCAGUCGAUUAAAAGUUCAGGGUACGAACCAUGCACCAAGGAACCAUUCGGCUGUUGUCCCGAUGGUAAAACUCCAGCGCAUGGCCACAAUCGCGAAGGAUGCUGCGUGCAGUCACCGUACGGAUGCUGUCCGGAUAAUGUGGUGCCAGCCCAGGGACCGAACCAAGAAGGUUGCGAGUGUGAAUACUCACCGUAUGGUUGCUGUCCCGACAACAAGACGUCAGCGCGUGGAUAUGGAAAUGCAGGAUGUGGUUGUCAGUACACGGAGCAUGGUUGCUGUCCGGAUAAGGAGACGGAAGCACUGGGACCGAACUACAAGGGAUGUCCAUGCCAUGCGUACCAGUUUGGAUGUUGUCCCGAUGGUGUCACACAGGCCAAGGGACCGCACAAUCAUGGAUGCCAUUGCUCUCACAGUGAGUUCAAAUGUUGCUCCGAUGGCCAGACGGUGGCCAAGGGUCCCGAUGGAGAGGGCUGUACCUGUGCGGAGAGCAAGUACGGUUGCUGUCCAGAUGGAAUUACCGAGGCGCAGGGCAGCAAGUUUGAAGGGUGUACGGAUGUACCUGAGUCACCGCAAAAGGCUUGCGCCUUACCGAAGGAUAAGGGCCCAUGUGACACCUUCGUCGUCAAGCAUUUCUUCGAGGUGGAAUAUGGUGGUUGUGGACGGUUUUGGUAUGGAGGCUGCGACGGUAACAAAAAUCGUUUUGAUUCCGCUGACGAGUGUAAGGCCGUCUGCGAAACACCUCCUGGUAAGGAUGUAUGCCACCUACCCAAGAUCACUGGACCAUGCACUGGACACUACAAUAGGUGGUAUUACGAUGCGGAGCGCAAUUUGUGCUCCCAAUUCACGUACGGUGGGUGCCUUGGUAACGACAAUCGGUUCGAGAAGCAGGAAGACUGUAAGGCGUUGUGUAGUUGGGAUGAUUCCAAAACGCCAUGUGAGCAGCCGAUGGAACAUGGACCCUGUAAUGGUACCUUUGAACGUUGGUAUUACGACAAGGAAACCGUUGCAUGCCAGCCGUUCUCCUAUGGUGGUUGCAAGGGCAAUAAGAACAACUACCGGUCAGAGGCAUCGUGUAACUAUCACUGCAAGAAGCCAGGUGUACACAAACCGAGUUGCAGCCAGCGACUCGAUGUGGGUAACUGCGAGGUCCAGCAAGCCCGCUGGUACUUUGCCGGUGACAGUAACAAAUGCAUGCCCUUUUACUUUACCGGUUGUGGUGGGAAUGACAAUAACUAUGUCUCGCGCGACCAAUGCGAAGCGCAAUGUCCACCGAAAGUUGAAAAAGACACGUGCUUCCUUCCGGCGGAGACGGGUGAAUGCCAGAACUUCACGGCUCACUGGUACUUUGACACGAAGGAUAACCGUUGCCGUCAGUUCUUCUACGGUGGAUGCGGUGGCAAUGGCAACAACUUUGUGGAUGAACCGGCAUGUAUCAAUCAAUGUAUCGAUGGUGGAGCAAAGCAGAAACCAACAGAAACGGAAGCUCCCAAAAGACGCCCUCCUGAGCCAGUGCAAAACGUUACCAUUUUUCCCGUUACGGUAGCAAUACACUUCCCGAAGGGCAACAAUGUAGAUCGGAACAGCAACUUUACCAUCAACUGUACGGUGGAUGGAUAUCCAAAACCUAAAGUGAGCUGGCUCAAGAAUGGAAAGAUUAUGGUACCUACCGAACGUAUUCACAUUACCGACGAGAAUCUGCUGGUUGUAACUGGAGCUAUACAAUCUGAUAAUGGUCAAUACAAAUGUCUCGCCAAAAACGAACAUUCGGAAGCAUUCCAAGAACAAAUUUUGCACGUGGAAGGUAUCUACGUGCCACCAGGUUGUACCGAUAACCAGCUACUAGCCAAAUGCGAUUUUAUCGUCGCUGGACACUUGUGCACACACAAGCAUUAUAAAAAGUUCUGCUGCCGAUCGUGUACGUUGGCUGGUCAGAUAAAUGUGAGCAAGAAACGAACAUAAAAAUGCCUUUUUUAACAUGAGCUCCUUUGCUCGUUUACGUCAUUCGGAAGUAUCUAAUCCUAUCUGUUACAAACAGGGAACUAAUAAAAUUUUACGUGAAUUUACUCAAUAGCGGAUCUAUUUCCCGUUUAGUUGAAAAUCAAAACUCGAAAUCGAAAUCGAAGCAUGUAUUUUUGGUAUAAAUAAUAAAAUCAUUGUCACCACAACCUAUGAAAGCAGCGAUACAAAAGAAAUAAAUUGAUAUUUUGCAUUAGCUGAAUGCGUUCACAUAUAUUUCCGUCCCCCCCAUGGAGCAUUUUUUGGGUCUGCUACUGUAUCUAUUUAGCCGAGACACAUUUGAUAAGGGCAACGAAACGCUGAUGCAACACAAACAAGAAAUUCUAAAUCUAAAUUCAAAAUUAGCAGCAAGUACAAUUCAAUGCAAUCAUUUUUUUAAAUAUAAUGUGAGUUGUUCAGGCUACGAUCAGAUUAUUCCAGAUUCCGAUGAAUGUGCUUCUUUCCUUAUGACGUUCAUUUUGAAACCUUCUUUGUACCACUCGAAAGAGUACAGUCAGACAAUUUUCCAGAAGAAAUUUCGCGACUAGCCCAUGUUCGAUGUUACAAUACUGAACUCUUAAAAAAAUUGUUACUGCUUUUCUGGAUCACCCUGUAAGCAA